AUGAGUACCGUGCCUAAUAGACCCAAUCUAAAGUUAGCAAGACUGUGGUAUAAAUAUAAGGACGAGCCGAAAAAGGAAAACAAUGAAGACGUUGAAGAGCCAACGAAAGCCGUAACAGAGAUGGAUUGUGAAUCGUAUCCUCCAUAUAACUUCUCAUGGUUUGCUGAAAAUAAGGUGGCAGCUAUGGGUUUUCCGCAAUCAGUCGCAAAUCUCAACUAUCUAGUUGACGUUGGUGUGAACCAUCUUAUAACCCUUUCGCCAGAGAGGAUCCCGCCAAUAAUGGAGUGUAAAAAAAAGUUAAAAUGGUCAGAGAUCAGGAUAAAGGAGUUCGGUGUACCGACAAUGAAACAGAUCUUAAAAUUUAUUGAGAUUUGUGAAAGAGCAGAGAUAAGGGGAGAGGUGGUAGGUGUUCAUUGCAGACAUGGUCGAGGGCGCACGGGCACGAUGCUAGCCUGCUACUUAGUACAUUUCAAGAAUAUGGCGCCUGAACGAGCCGUGCUCACAGUCAGAGUGCAAAGACCUGGUUCCUGCGAAACUUAUGAGCAAGAAAAAGCUGUAUGUCAUUACCACGACUGCUUGCGGGGCACUGUAGAGAAACCAGACUACCGUUUAGUAGAAGAUAAAAUGUACUUUGACUUCUCCAUGAAAUACAUGUAUGAUGACGACACAAUACGUAUCGAAAAAGAUGAAACAGCUGAACAGAAGGAAGAAGACGACUUAAAAAUAGUGAAAAUUGGUGACAGCAGCGUUCAGAAACAAGUUAAACUAAAAGUACCGAAGAAAAAAUCAAACGCUAUGGUCAUAAAUCACAAGAUUUAUUUUUAA